UGCAGAAACAAAAUGCCCGCUGUUAUAUAAACUGUUCAAGGUCGGGGGGGGGAUUAAAGAAAUUGGUUAAAAAGAUGCAAGAUAUAGUUGUACCAGAUACUGCUUUAUUGUAUCAUCUUCCAAGGAAACAGUUUUUGGCUGAAUUAUGGAUUACCUCUGGGAAGCUGUUGGUGGUUCUUGAAUCUUCAUUAUUUAUUGAAGAUGUACCUCAUUCGGUGGACUUUCAAAAGGACCUCACGAUCGUAACUGAAUACAUAGCCAAUGGUGGGCGUGUUCUAUUGAUUUUAAAUACGACGGAUGUGAAUAAUUUCCCCUCAUCUAGUCUUGCUCAUUAUGCUUUACUUUCAAACGAAUCUCCUAGUUUGUUUGAAAACAAUUAUUCAUACUGGAAAUGGAUGUAUAAAGAUUCGAUUUUAACUGGUGGAUAUUAUCGCUUGGAAAUUGAUAAUGAUAAGGAGGUUGAAGUUCAAAAGGAUCAACCAUUAAUUGCUAUUCUCAGUAUUGAUUGUUUGAAAAUCGAAGCAACACAUUUGGAAAAUGCGUUCAACCUUCUUGGGAUACCGUGUAUACCUUGUGUUGAUCUGGAAGACAAUACACAUGAUAAACUACUGUCUAAUUCCCUAUCCUCAGUUCAUUUAUCCGAUUCAAAGACUUUGCAUUGUUUUACACCGGACUCUGAGAAAAAGAAGAUCGUUAAUUUUCUCAUUAAGGAAUGUUCAACGAAAUGCAAAAAAGAGAUUUCCUAUUGUUCUACUCUAUCUGAUCUUCCAUUGGGUUUCAACUGGAUAGAUUAUUUUUCAAAUCUUCAUACUGAACAUUUAGGUAAAUUGAUUGUUUGGUCAAACUCAAUGGAAUCUAGUUGGGAUUUCUGUCAACAAUUCUUUGAACGAAUCCAUCCAAAUUCUGGUCUGCUGGUAUGUUCUAAUAUUCAAUCUAAAGGGAGAGGUCGAGGAGAGAAUAAUUGGAUUAGUCCUGUUGGACAAGCUGCAUUUACAUUCCAUUUAACAUUAUCCACUCCCAAUAGUCAAAUGUUUAUGAACUGUGUGACUUGUAUACAACAUAUUGUAGCGUUGAGUAUAGUUUUGGCUUGUAGACAAUUAAUUGCUGAACAUUUAGAGAUCAUUUCAGGUGAUACUAAUUUUUGUGAUAUCAGUGAAGAAUUCCUUGUUGAUCUUCAAUAUCAUGGACCCAAAAUCCUUAUUAAAUGGCCAAAUGAUAUUUAUGUUGUCGAAAAUAUUAAUUGGUGUAAUAAUCAAGAUGUCAAUUCGACGCUGUUGCAACAAAAUAUUAUUGGAAAAUUGGCUGGUGUAUUAGUUCGUUGUCGUUUAGUUGAUUCAAAUCACGUGGAAUUAUUGAUUGGCUGUGGUAUUAAUGCAUUCAAUGAACUACCUACGAUAUGUUUAGAACAUGUAUUGAUCAAAUCCCAUCCGUGUAAUAAGAGACCAACAUUUUCAAUUGCCAAGUUAAUUUCUAUUGUAGUAAGUUACAUUGAAAGAAUAAUCACGAGGAUCUAUAAUCCGAAUUCAAAUUAUGAUCUUGGAUGGGUGCUUCACUUAUACACGAAAUGCUGGAUUCAUACUAAUCAAAAAGUUCAACUUUACGUCAAUCCAACGUUGAGUGAAAAUAACACUGGCGUAAUUGAUCAACAGCAUUCAACUGAUACGAAUACCUAUCGCAUAGUUGGUUUAGAUAAUUAUGGUUAUCUGUUAGUAGAAGAUAUAUGUACUGGAUUUCGACAUAAGUUACAUCCAGAUGGCAAUUCAAUGGAUAUGAUGCGUGGUCUAAUUAUUACGAAAUAA